UUAUGAAAGGGAGAGGCAUCACAAUCCCCACGAAGGCAAGCAGAACGCUCGCGCUACAAAGAGUUUCAGAGACACCGAGGACGCCUUGGACUUUUUCUUCUCUCACACAAUUGACACAAGAGAAAAAGAGAAGGAGGGUAAUGAUGGGCGUCGAAUUCCUUCGGUAUACGUUUCGAGACAGUGCCAUCAGUAAUUGAUCCAAAUGACUCUCUUCAAACUACUUAAGAACAAGUUGUUUAAAGGAGUGACCCAUUUUUUCUCUCUCUGCUGUGAUCAUAUUCGGCUGAGCAGCCUAUGAAAAGAAAUAACACGACUUGUGCGCAGCUGAUGCCUCCAAGAAACCACCCCUAUCCUCAUAUGCCAGCCUGUCUGACUUUGGAACCCACAUUACUACCGGACUCCGACCGCAGACCAACAGAGGAGGCAAGCUCCAUGGAAAAUCAUGCAGGACUUUGAACCCAUGGAGACAUGGCACAUAGGUUCCUUUCAUCUGCGAACAGAUUCAGCGCCAGAUUCGCCUUCAUAUUUACCGUGUCACUGUCUUGCACCUAUUUAUGCUAUAAUAUCAUUUUUUGUCGCGGCACAAUCAUGACAAAUCAGGGCUACGAGGGGAAACGGUGUCCGCCAGGCAAGAACGCAGGAGGGAAGAAACUUCUUGGAAAAUUGGACCACUGCGCUUUGCUGAAAGCCAGGUCCACACUGGAUGAGUCUGCUGCCCAGCGAGAAGCAAGCGAUCUCCGCGAACAAAGUAAAGCCCCCUCUUCUGACAGUCACUGGACUGACGCGAAGUUGAAAAACAUGAGUGUUGCGCAAAAAUAUGGGAACAAGAAGCUGCCCAACGCGCUAAUAGUCGGUGUAAAGAAAGGAGGAACCAGGGCGGUGUUGGAGUUCAUCCGGAUACAUCCAGAUGUGCGCGCACUUGGAACAGAGCCGCACUUUUUCGACAGAAACUAUGACAGAGGAUUAGAUUGGUACAGGGGACUAAUGCCACGUACACUAGACAGCCAGAUCACAUUAGAGAAGACUCCCAGCUACUUUGUUACCAGAGAGGCUCCCAGACGCAUUUCCAGCAUGUCCCAUGAGACCAAGCUGAUCGUUGUGGUGCGUAACCCAGUCACAAGAGCCAUUUCUGACUACACACAGACGCUUUCCAAGAAGCCUGACAUUCCCACGUUUGAAGAGCUGGCCUUUAAGAACAGAAGCUUAGGUCUUGUUGAUACUUCCUGGAAUGCCAUUCGGAUUGGGAUGUAUAUUGUGCACCUGGAGAACUGGCUGCAAUACUUUCGCUUGUCGCAAAUGCACUUUGUGAGCGGUGAGCGACUGAUAACAGAUCCAGCAGGGGAAAUGGGACGUGUCCAGGACUUUUUGGGACUGAAACGAAUUAUUACGGACAAACACUUCUACUUUAAUCGAACCAAAGGUUUCCCCUGCCUGAAGAAACCAGAGAGCAGCAGCCAGCCACGAUGCCUCGGUAAAUCCAAGGGUAGGACUCAUGUACAGAUUGAGGAGGAGGUCAUAGAACAGCUGCAGGAGUUUUAUAGACCAUUUAACAUCAAAUUCUAUGAAACUGUAGGACAAGACUUCAAGUGGGAUUGAAUGUACCUUAUUGAGAGAGUGUUGUUUAUUAAAAUGUCUGUACCACUGGAGAAAUGUAUCUUUAACAAAAUAUUUGAAAGAAAAGUUUAUUGAGAUAUGUAGAUUAAAGAAAAGAUCUAAAAGAAAUGAUAUAGAACUCUGACUUCAAAGCUUAAAUAUAGAAAUGAUUUCACAACAUUCCCGAUUCUUUCUGGGGACAAAAAUUUCUUUAAGAAAACACUUAAUAUAUAGAAACACGGUUUUCUUGUCAUACAUGGCAUUAGGAAUUCAUUAACAUGCAAAUAGUUCUCCAUUAACUAAUUCAUUAAGAAGUAGCCAACACCUUCUUAAUGAAUUAGAAGGCUUAGUCAUUUAGUCACACCAGACAUAAAAAGAUUGCAUUGCUUGAAUAUUCAUUAACAAGAUUGCUUAUUUAUUCAGUAUUUCUGCUGGAACUGAACCACUGUCUUUACUGUCAAAAAGCACUCAACAUGAUGUCGCAGCAAACCGCCAAACCGAUAAUAAAACCAGCCUGUCAGUUAUUCUGCAAUGCAUUUUAUUGCCUUACUGUUGACAAAAGCUUGCAAGGAAAAUUAAGAAUGUGUGAAUAAAAAAAAUAAAAUGUGAAUAAAAAUCAUCAUCUUUAUUAAAAUGGCUUCUGUAUUACUGAUAAAGGUUAGAAUUUGCUGAACUCAUUCAGCUCUUGCUGUGUUUACAUUUUUGUUGUGAUCAUCAAAAUAAAAGACUGCAUUCAAGGUUUUAUCUUUUUUAAAUUCUUGGUGUGAAUAAUCUUAUAAUAGAGAUAUAAUAAAGACAUUUGUCCCAGUUAGAAAGCACAAGAUCACUUAUACACAACCAUCUUAUCUAUUGAGACAAAAAAAAAAAAUUCUCCUCUCGCCCCUGCGGGUGGUAUGUCCUUCAACCUCGGGUCCUCUACCAGAGGCCUGGGAGCUUGAUGGUCCUGCGCAGUAUCUUAGCUGUUCCCAGGACUGCGCUCUUCUGGACAGAGAUCUCCGAUGUUGUUCCUGGGAUCUGCUGGAGCCACUCACCUAGCAUGGAAGUCACCAUACCGGGUACUCUGAUUACCAGUGGGCCACUGAUAUCUUCACCCUCCACAUCUUCUCGAGCUCUU